AUGUUUUCAAAUCAAAGUGAAUUCGAUCUAAGAGUGUUUUUAUCCUCUUAUUCAGAUGCUCUACAUUGUCUAAAAUAAUCAGCAGAUAAAUCUACAUUAAGAAAAAAUUAUGAAAAUAUUGCUAAUAGACUUACAAUUUAUGUAAAACAAAAGAAAGUAAUAAAUUUACAUUAAUAUAGAUGUUUGGUGAAACAAAUUUAUCUAAAAAUGAAGAGAGAGACAUUUUAGCAUUUCAAUAUACACAGUAAUAUAUAAAAGAUGUAUACAAAUAGUUAUAUAUUUUUAAAAUAUUUACCAGAUUUUGAUAAUUUUAAAGGGAAUUAUGAAUAGUUGUAGACAAUCCUAAAUAAUUCAUUUAAUUCUCUAUCUUCAGAUUUUUAGCUUUAUUCAUAAUAAUCAUAAUAAUAAUAAGCACAAUGA